AUGGCGAGUGACUCUCCAGCUCUCAGACAGGUUGAAAUGGACCUAAAGGACUUAAGAGAACCUGCUGGCAUUUUUGAGCUGGUCGAGGUGGUGGGAAAUGGCACCUAUGGACAAGUGUAUAAGGGCCGCCAUGUCAAGACGGGGCAGCUGGCCGCCAUCAAGGUCAUGGAUGUCACAGGGGAUGAAGAAGAGGAGAUUAAAGCUGAGAUCAACAUGCUGAAGAAGUACAGUCAUCACAGAAAUAUUGCUACAUAUUACGGAGCCUUCAUUAAGAAAAACCCUCCAGGAAUUGAUGACCAGCUGUGGCUGGUGAUGGAGUUCUGUGGAGCCGGCUCUGUCACAGACCUGAUCAAAAACACCAAAGGCAACACUCUGAAGGAGGAGUGGACGGCCUACAUCUGCAGAGAGAUCUUGCGGGGUCUGACUCAUCUACACCACCACAAAGUCAUCCAUCGAGACAUCAAAGGCCAGAACGUGCUGCUGACGGAGAAUGCAGAGGUCAAGCUCGUGGACUUCGGUGUUUCGGCACAACUGGACCGGACGGUGGGCAGGAGGAACACGUUCAUCGGGACGCCUUAUUGGAUGGCCCCGGAGGUCAUAGCCUGUGAUGAGAAUCCGGAAGCCACGUAUGACUUCAAGAGUGAUUUAUGGUCUCUGGGGAUCACUGCAAUAGAGAUGGCGGAAGGAGCUCCCCCGCUGUGUGACAUGCAUCCCAUGAGGGCGCUCUUCCUCAUCCCACGGAACCCCGCCCCCAGACUCAAGUCAAAGAAGUGGUCAAAGAAGUUCCAGUCGUUUAUAGAAAACUGUUUGGUGAAGAGCCACACCCAGCGGCCGAGCACCGAACAGCUCCUCAAGCACCCCUUCAUCAAGGACCUGCCCAACGAGAGGCACAUCCGCAUCCAGCUCAAGGACCACAUCGACCGCACAAAGAGGAAGAGAGGCGAGAGAGAUGAAACCGAGUAUGAAUACAGCGGCAGUGAGGAAGAGGAUGAGGACAGAGAUAUGGGCGAGCCAAGCUCCAUCAUCAAUAUCGCCGGGGAGUCGACCCUGAGGCGGGACUUCCUGCGCCUACAGCUGGCCAAUAAGGAGCGAUCAGAGGCCCAGCGCCGACAGCAACUGGAGCAGCAGCAGAACGAUGAGCACAAGAGGCUUCUGCUGGCGGAGAGACAGAAACGCAUAGAGGAGCAGAAGGAGCAGAGGAGGAGGCUGGAGGAGCAACAACAGCGAGAGCGCGAGUUGCGGAAGCAGCAUGAAAGGGAACAGAGGAGACGAUACGAGGAACUGGAGCAGCUCCGUCGAGAGGAAGAGAGGAGACACGCAGAGAGAGAGCAGGAGUACAAGCGUAAGCAGGUGGAGGAGCAGCGUCAGGCUGAGCGGCUGCAGAGGCAGCUGCAGCAGGAGAGGGCCUACCUCGUAUCACUACAACAGCAGCAGCAACAGGAGGGCCGACAGGCCGACAAGAAACAGCUUUACCACUACAAGGAUGUCAUCAACCCUAAUGACAAGCCUGCCUGGGCCAAAGAGGUCCAGAAACCACAGCUUGGUAACCCUCCCCGCUCCAAACUUCAACAUCAUCAUUCAUUCAACCAGCCUCCUCCCUCCUCUGCACCACACAGGCAUCCCCCCAGAAGGGCCCCCUCCCAAGGCCCUUACCCCGUUCCCAAUGACUUAGACGCAGGGCUGAAGCAGGAGAUCAGUCAGCAGGUGAAACUAUUACGGGCUCAGCGACAGAAAAGCCAGAGCUCAGGAAACUCAGAGGACCAACCCAAGCCCAGCGCACAGGGCUGCCGCAGUAAGGGCUCUAGUAACAACCACAAACAACCUUCUAAACAGGGAGACAACCCCACAGCCCAUCCUCCUGCUGCAGACCCAUCCAGGAGAGACAAGCCCAGGGACAGGCCUCUGUCUGCCCCUGAGCGUCCCAAGAGUCCAGGACCCACCUCCAAACCCACACAGGUCAAACUGGUUAGUGACUGUCCACGGGUUAGAUUGCACGCACCCUGCCGCCGAGUAGACGUAGACAUAGACGUAGAGGUAGACAUAGACAUAGUUGCAGACAAACGUCCUUUACAGUCCCAGCGACGCUCUUUGGCACCCAGAAAUUCUCUGGCCAUACCCUUACCACGAGCCCGAUCCUUCUCCCCAUGCCGUGGAGGAGACAAUAAUCUGUCUGAGAAAUGUGUCCGCGACAGUUUGUCCGAUGCCAAAAGAAGGGCUUCCACACCGAGCUGCAGUAACAACUUCCUACAGGUCCCUCGCCCCAACAGCUUUAUUCCUCUUGUGGAAAAAGAGCGGAGAGGUGGGAUCAGAGGAAGCUCUUCUCUGGUGGACCUCAAUGCCUGGGCUCCAGAUUUUCUAAUUAAGUCCAAGAGUAACGAAAGUCUGCGGUGGUCCUCCUCUCAGGACUCCACAGACUCAUUCCCCUCCCCCUCAGACUACAUGUCCCCUGUCUUCUCUCCGGACUACGACACCCUGAAACCACUCCAUCCACACCUCCUCUCCCCACCCCAGGCCUCUGCUAGGGCUUCCCCCAGGGGCUCUCCUUUUGGAUCACAGACUCAAAUAUUCGUGGAGGAGCGCUCUAAGCUGAACAGACAGAGCUCUCCAGCCGUGCAGCACAAAGCAUCCCACCGUAUCUCCGACCCCUCCCUCCCUCCCCGCUCCGAGUCCUUCAGCAGCACCCCUCCCGUGCAGCGCCCCCUAGAGGCUCAGAUGGCUCACUUAGUCCCAGUGAAGACCCACUCCAGCUCCAUGUCGGGAUCCCAGUCUCUGCAGGACCAGUCCGGCUCGGCUCUGAAUGAGGGCAUCGGGGUGGGCUCCGCGAGACCUGAGAUGCCCCGACAAAACUCUGACCCCACCUCGGACACGCCUGCCAUGCCCGUGCGGGACAGGGAGAGAGAGCGGGAGCGUGAUCGGGAUAGAGCGGCCUGGCUGCGAGAGGAGGAUAUGCCCCCUAAGGUUCCUCAGAGGACCACCUCCAUCUCCCCAGCUCUGGUCCGGAAGAACUCUCCUAAUGGAGGAGUGGGAUCUCGCGGAGGCUCUCAGCUCAUACGGACCAGUAACCCAGACCUCCGGCGAUCAGAGCUGUCUUUAGAUGCCAUGUUACAAAGGACCUCCUCCAACUCCUCCUCCUCUUCCUCACCGUCAUCUCAGGGAGGCUCCUCCGAGAGAAGAGGCCAAAGAAAGCAGGAAGGAUCUCCUCCAGGAGCCAAUCAGGAAGCCAAGCCGAAGCAGGAGGAGGGCCGGGAGUCGAGUCGACCCAGCAGACCAGCAGAUCUCAGUGCACUAGCAAAAGAGCUGCGGGAGUUAAGAGUGGAAGAAGGAACCAGACCACCCGUCAAAGUGACAGACUACUCGUCCUCGAGCGAAGAUUCCGAGAGCAGCGACGACGAUGGAGAAGCUGUCGGCCAUGACGGGACUGUUGCCGUUAGCGACAUACCCCGAAUCAUGCCGGCUGUGAAGAACAACAGCGAGUCUCGCGGUGGAAAGACAGAGGACGCUCUCGGGGACUCGUACAACAGCUCCAAGGACAGCACCCUGAAGAUGAGAGAGACGGGGGAGAGGAGGAGAGGGUCCCACACAGAGAGUAAUGGUUUUGGCAAUCACAGUAACCAUGGAAACCUCCCUGACCUGGUGCAGCAAAGUAACUCUCCGUCAGCCACGCCCACCAGCGCCCUGCAAGAGCUGGGAGACAUGGCUGAGUUCGGUUUGAGCGGGUCCAAAUCCUCCUUCACCCCCUUUGUCGACCCUCGUGUCUAUCAGACCUCCCCCACUGAUGAAGACGGUGACUCGGCUGCUGCCAUGUUUACUAAUGAGUUACUGAGGCAAGAACAGGCCAGACUCAAUGAAGCCAGGAAGAUCUCUGUCGUCAACGUCAACCCGACCAACAUCCGACCUCACAGCGACACGCCCGAAAUCCGCAAGUACAAGAAGCGCUUCAACUCGGAGAUACUGUGUGCGGCCUUAUGGGGGGUGAACCUGCUCGUCGGGACUGAGAAUGGCUUGAUGCUGCUUGAUCGGAGCGGACAAGGAAAAGUAUAUAAUUUAAUCACGAGGAGGCGUUUUCUUCAAAUGGACGUGUUGGAAGGUCUCAAUGUCCUUGUCACUAUAUCAGGGAAAAAGAACAAGUUGCGUGUAUACUAUUUAUCCUGGCUGAGAAACAGAAUAUUACACAAUGAUCCAGAGGUGGAGAAGAAGCAGGGGUGGGUCACUGUCGGAGAGCUGGAGGGCUGCGUGCAUUAUAAAGUUGUAAAAUAUGAAAGAAUCAAGUUCCUGGUUAUUGCUUUGAAAAACUCUGUGGAAAUUUACGCCUGGGCUCCCAAACCAUACCACAAGUUUAUGGCCUUUAAGUCCUUUGCCGAGCUGCAGCACCGCCCCCUGCUGGUGGACCUCACGGUGGAGGAGGGUCAGCGGUUAAAAGUCAUCUAUGGUUCUACAGUUGGUUUCCAUGUGAUCGAUGUGGACUCGGGAAACCCCUACGACAUUUACAUCCCCUCACAUAUCCAAAACCAGGUGAUGCCCCAUGCCAUCGUGGUGCUCCCCAAAACCGACGGGAUGGAGAUGCUGCUCUGCUACGAGGACGAAGGGGUCUACGUGAACACCUACGGGAGGAUCACCAAGGAUGUGGUGCUGCAGUGGGGAGAGAUGCCUACCUCUGUUGCCUACAUUCACUCAAACCAGAUCAUGGGCUGGGGUGAAAAAGCCAUAGAGAUCCGCUCGGUGGAGACGGGACAUUUGGACGGAGUCUUCAUGCACAAGAGAGCUCAGAGACUCAAGUUCCUCUGUGAACGGAACGACAAGGUUUUCUUCGCCUCGGUGCGCUCCGGUGGUAGCAGCCAAGUCUUCUUCAUGACCCUCAACAGAAGCUCCAUGAUGAACUGGUGA